AUGUUUUAGGAAGGGGUGAGAAACUUCAAGGAACUUCGAGCCAAAUUUCAAAAGUUUGACACUCCACCUCUUCCAGGACCUAGCAAAUUCCCAGCAGGUGUUCUGCAAAAGAGUGAUAGAGGAAGCACACAGUCAGCCCAGACUUGGGCCAGUGGGAAGCCUCUUUCUUCCAACCUCAAUUGGCCCCCAUCAUAUUGUUCCAGCCAGGAGUCUCAGCCAACCAAAACCCAGAAAUUGAAGUUUACUCCAAAGAGUGAAAUUCAGAAGUGUCUAAGUUCCCCUGAACCUCCAGAAAAGUCUGCAGUGGGCUCACAGAGUUCUCAGAAGGCUUCUUUGCUGUUAGCAGGGAAUCAGUCAAGCACUCAGCUAUCCCAUGAACAGGAAGCAGUGGCAGUCAACAGCUUCAGAGACAAGCUCUGGAACUGGGAGAAGGUUUCAUCUCAGAAGAGCCAGGUAUAUCCACCCAUUCUCACGAACUGUGGGAAUAAGACCUUCUGUCAGAAAAGCACGAAACUUGCUCCAGAAAGGCCAGGAAAAAAUCUGGAAUCAACAAGCACCCAGACUUUUCCUUCUCAGAGGAACUCAGUAACCCAGAGAGAAUCAUGUGUCAUCUCGAAAGAGCCCUCUUUUCUACUGCCUCUGAAUGGUAGGAAUGGUGAGGAGAACCCCAAUCCUGAGAGAAGAAAGACAUCCAACCCUGCCCCAGAAAACCAGCCAGAUAUCAGGCAUCACCAACUUCCCAAAACAAAGCCACUGCCUUCCAUUGAAUCUCUGGGUGCACCUCCCCCAAAGCCUCCAAAGCCCCUGACUGUGAACCUCCAGGCCUUCCGGAGACAAUUGGUUGCUAUGACCAAGACCCCAAAAGAAGUGUCUGUGGAAGAGGACCACCUGCCUACCGAGAGUGCUGAAUUUGAAGAACCACAUAAUUAUGAGGCAACAAUUUCCUAUCUGAGACAGUGCAGCAAUUCCAUUAACCCCAGCACUGUAGAAGAAAUUGCUGAUGCAACCUAUGAAGUUGAAAUUGAAGAACUCCAAAAGCCUUGGAAGAGCUCUCCGCAUCAAGAAUUAAGGCAUGAACAUGAAGACAAAACCAUGAAGGAAAAAGAAUCAUUUGAAUUGGAGCCUCAAAAUCCAGCAAAAGAUCCACACUUAAACCAUCUGUUGAAGGUAGGUGUCUAUGAAGUGUCACCUGGAGAAAUCCAGGUGCCUGGAGACCUCAGGGAUAGAAGUUGCAUGCCAGAUGGAAAACAGGAAGCCAUGGCCAACAUCAUCCAGACAAAGGCCUGUCCUGAAGACAGGAAACUGACCAUACAUGCUCAAAGGCACUGUGGGUAUGUGGAGGCUUUGGAGGUGACUAAAGAAACCUCAGAUUCAACAGCCUUCAGGUCAAGUUCCCCUUCAGAGGAGACCUAUGAUGACGUGGAGUACCCCAAGCCAGAUGUACCAAAGCUGGACUUCUCAAGCUCAUUUGCUUCUGAGAGUGAAGAAAAUAGUGAAGAAAUGUAUGAAGAUAUCUAUAAAACAAAGAGCACCCACCCCAAAAUAGAUUUAGAUGGAAAAGAAACACUUAAAAGACUCCAACAUUUCUUCAAAAAAGAAAAGGAUAAACUUAAAAUGAAGAAAACCAAGUCAAAAGAAAAUAUAAGGGCGUUUUCCAUUUCCCUGCCUGACUUAGGACUUAAGUCUCAGGAAGUUAUUAUCUAUGAUGAUGUGGACACAAGUAAAAAAGAGCCAAACAAUGAUGAUAAACUGAAAACUUGGAAGCCAACAUUUUUGAAUCCAAAAGGGAAAAAAGAGAAGAAAGAUGCCGAAGGAACAGAAAGUUUUCCUUCCAGAAAUUUCUUCAGAACCAAGAAGCAAAACUUAGAAAAUAAAAUGGAAAGAGAAGAAAAACUUUUUAGAGAAAGAUUUCAGUAUGACAAAGAGAUUGUCGUCAUCAACAGAGCAGUGGCAUGUUCCAGGAACUCAAGAAAUGGAAUACUUGAUUUGCCAAUAACUCCUGGAGAACAACUAGAAGUCAUCGAUACCACGGAGCAAAAUAUGGUGAUAUGUCGCAAUUCUAAAGGCAAAUAUGGAUACGUCCUCAUUGAACAUCUACAAUUCAAGCACCAAGGUUGGUCACGUUAGGAAGGUCAAGUCUGAUGGGAAGAACAAAGACCUGCACAGGUGUGAAGGGCUUCUGUAGCCCUGAGUCUUGCCUCCAGAACUUUGCUUCUUGUCCAAACAAGGAAGUUGAGAUGAAACGUCAUUGGGAACUCUGAGAAGGGAGACAAAGGCAGCAUCUUCCUGGAGAUGGAGGCUUUUCUUCUACACCUUUAAUUUUCAAUGUUUAUUUUACUGCCAGUUCAAGAGAAUGUGAAAGACUAUGUGUUAGCCGAUGAGCACUUGCUUAAUGAGCCAUAUCCAAAAGUUGGAAAUUGUGCCUUAUAGCACUCAGUCAGAUGUGCAGAUAGUUAGUGGGCUCCUAAUACUAGUGCACAAGCAAGCAUUUGUGAUGCUACAUGUUGUGCAUUUAAAAUCUGACAUUAAUUCUGAAUAGUAAAUAAGGUGACCAUGUUCUUUUACUCAAAUAUUAGGUGUAACUGUGAAAUACAUGUUUCCCCCCCUCUUUUACGAAAAAAAU